UAGAAAAAUUGCAACAAGAAAUUGAAAUAUUACAAGAAAAUCAAAAAAGUGAAGUAGAAAAAUUGCAACAAGAAAUUGAAACAUUACAAGAAAAUCAAAUAAAUGAAGUAGAAAAAUUGCAACAAGAAAUUAAAGCAUUGCGACAGGAAGCUGCUAAUCACCAGGCGGCGUUAGGUGGAAUUAUGGAUGUUGGAUGGCGUGAUAAUGAUUCUAAUAAUUCUAUGCAACUUACAAGGGACAUUGAAAACCUUCAAAAAGAUUUAGAUAAUUUUACUAGGGUUAAACGUAGUGGUAUUGAGAUAAAAAUCGAUGCCGCAAAUAGACUUUUCGAAGAUUAUGGGUGUAAAUUAUCUAAAGAAAAAGAUAAUAUAAAGUUAAUAUUGGGUGCAGUUUUACAACAACAUUUGAUUAAAAUCAUUUUAGAAUUCGCGGAUAGCUAUUUUAAACAGAUAUUUAAUAAUAAUAUUGAAAACGAUCAAGAAAAUGAUUCUACAUCCUGUAUAAUUGAUGAUAAGUUAGAAGCUGUCAUUUUAUCCAGAAUAAAAGAAUUAAUUAAGCUGACAACUCGUUUUGGGGAGACUCGCACGGGAACCGAUGGGCAUUCUCGAAUUUUACCAACUAAAUUACGACAGCAAAUUUAUGCAGCAUUAGGUCAGCGAGGUUUUGCCAAAUCGGAUCAUCCAUUCAUUACUCAAUUAACAAAAAAUAUUAUAGAUGAAAUGAAUAAAUAUCGGAUUAUAGAAUCUGCUGAUAAGAAUUCAAAGAUAACUACGAUUAUUUUUCAGGUUAUCCGAAUUUUUUAUUUUCGUCUUCACACACAAGAACCAGUUCCUUCAUGGGAAUUUUAUAAAAGUGGCGAUUGUUUUAAUCCUGAUGUUAUGGAUCAGAUUGGACAAAGCGAUGAAGGAGAAUUGGAAGUAGAAAUUUGUUCAUUCCCUGCUGUAGCUUUAAUUAAAAAUUUAGAUGAUGAAGCAAAAAGGGUAUUUACUAAAGCUCAAGUGAUAGUCAGACCAAAAAAGCGAACAUUUUAAUUCAUUUAUUGUAUUUUUAUUUAUUUAUUUUUAUCGUCGAGGUUAGUAAAUAACAAUGAGAAUCUAGUAUCAAAUUAGUUAAUAGUUAUUCGAUCAAAUAUUUUAGAGCCAUUUCCUUAUAAUGGUCUACUUUACGAGUGAAACAUUGCGAUAACAAUAUAGUACCAUGUAUUUUCUAUGAACAAUAAUUCUGAUUAAGUCAGUAUGUAUUAAAGUUUAACUUUUACAUUUUCUUAAAAUAUUCGAAUGUAGAGAAUCCCUAUAUCAUCUUUUCAAUAAAUACAAUAAAUGCAAGGAUUUUAAAAUACAUAUAUAUUGAUUAAUUUUUUUUUUUUUUUUUUUU